AGAGCGCUCUCCUAUACCUUCCGUAUAGCUCCAUCCUUGUCGCACUCAUGGGGCAGCUCCCCUUGAGCGCUCUUCGGAAUCAGUCUGCAGGGCAGUAUGCUCUGACCACCCUGACCUGCUAGCAAUGGUGUGGGGGACGAAGCGUAUCUGGAUCGUCAACCGAUCAUAGCGACUCAGUGAAGCGGGAGAAAUUUAUGUGUUCUACAUACCCGCCGUGCCUGUGCUCUGUGUGCUCCCGCAUGACCCCCUGGCCGGCAGGCCGCACCCACGACUCGUCGUACUGGCUGUUCCGCGAGGGCGAGAUGGCGUCCGCCGGCCUGCAGGUGUUCGCCGAGAAGGGCCAUUCGGACGGGCUCGAGGCCGCCGACCACGCCGGCGUCUACGACGAGUUCACCGCGCCGCCCGUCCCCCGCGGGGUGGGCCGCACCGUGGCGGACUUCUUCCUGGACGGCAACCACUCGAUGGUGUCGGUGGCGGUGCGGGUCGUGCCGUCCCCCGACUGGUUCAUCGGUGUGGACAGCCUGGACCUGUGCCGGGGCAACCACUGGAUCGACUCCAUCGCCAUAGAGGUAGGCAACCGGCGAAGGCCCGUGUGGUGAGGUGGCCGACGGGCGCUUUGCUCCUGCUCCUUCACGCGUCAGCGUCACUCGCAAUGACCAUGCGAGCGUGCGCAGCCGGGCCGUUAGCUGACCGACCGUUACCGACCGCCACGCUGUGUUUGGGCAGAUGGUCGGCCGUCCGAUAUUGCUCCUGAUAUGUCUCAACGAGCGGACUGCGCGCGCGCGAAUGUGUGUACGUGUGUGUG